CAGGGAAAAUCAAAGGUCAUAUUGACAACCAAGGAAACAAAAGAAAUCAGAUAACCUCAGCUGCUGAAUAUAUGUAGUAUCCUGGGAUAUAAAAUGGCAUGUUAACACAUGUGUCUGCUUUUUAAUGUAUAUGAAAUAUAUAUUUUCACUUCCAGUGGGGUGGAAAUGCCAGUUUAAAGUGUAUAAUCUAGAUAUGUUUGUUUAGCAUUUUCAGUGUCACCCCACUUCUGGAUUGUGCAAGUAAACAGUUACAUUAGCUGGUGUGAACCUAGUUGGAGAAGUGAAAUCUUGAGAGGAAUUGGUCUCAGAAAAGCAGCAGGCAAAAUUGUGUUACUUGCAAAAAAACCUGUUGGAGCUUAGUAACCAAAGUGUUUCAGAAAAUCCAUGCUCCUGAAGAAAUUCAAAGGAAACAUGUAAUACUAGCUGUAGUCUUUCUGGGAAACAGAUGAAUUCAUACAACCACAUCACUUUCCAGACACAGAGAAAUUCCUCUUUUAUUGACACCUUUCAAAAACAAAGAUAAGCCUGGAUGUCCUCAUAGGUAGGCUAUGAGUCACUGACACUUACUACGGCUUAUUGGCUUGAAAAAUUGGUGUCUUUAUUUACUAAGUAUUUUCUAGGAGGUCCAGAUCUGAUUGGAUGUGAAAAGAACAAUAUAUUCAAUUCUUCUAUCAUUUAUAGCCAUUCAAAACUCAUUGAGCCAUCAGCAGGUCAGAACUAAGUCUGCCUCUGGAAAAAUAGCAGAUGUAGGUUUUAUUAAUUUUGAACUGUUUAAGUACUUCAGAUAAUGUGAAAUGAGGCACAUGUCAGCAUAGCAUAACUGCUUGUUUCACCAGGGAAUAUCUGUUCAUAGACUUCCUAUAACACAAAAUACCAGAUUAAAUCUUAGAGCAUACUGAAACAUUAACACCAAAAAGUAUUUCUGGAGUUAUAUGAUUAAAUAAUAACCUAAACGUCAGUUAAAUUAGCCUCACUGAAAUAGUUAUUAAUUUAUAAUUUAUUAUAAAAGCAAUGAAAGCAGUAACUAAAUUGAUACUGGUUUAUAUUUUACAUACAUUUCCAAAGGAAGACAAAAACAACUGGGCUUUCCAUGGUAAAUAAUUCACUGCUCAGCUGUACAAUUGAGUUGAGACAGAUCAGUCUGGAUAGUUUAUCUCUUGAAGUACAAUGAAUGAGCAGUUAGCAGGACUGGACUUAAAGAAAACAUCUGUAGGUCUGAAUAUAUGUACAUAUGUGUUACAUACAAAGGAGUUUUUAGUUACAACUGCAGAUUCUAUUGAACAAGAAAUUCUGAAUGCUGAGGUGUGGCCUGUACAUGAGACUAUGUCUUUGAAGAUGGCACAGACUUAACUGUUUGCUUCUUACCCAAAAUAAAUUGUGCACAAAAAUUUCAAACACCUUCUGCAAAAUACACAGGCCAUGUUUUGGGGUUUGAUAAUGUAAGGGUAUCAGGAACAGAAGGUUCUGAUCUUAGCUGGCUCAAAAAUUCAUGCAGCUGUACUGAGCUGCAGAGAUUUCAGGUUAUGAUAAUAUUUAUCUUAAACUUAUUAGAAAGUAAGUAUACUUUUGCUACAAUUACCAAUAAUUCUAAAUUCACUGUCUAGCUCAAUCACACAUAUGAGUAAUGUGAUUAACUGGGAUGUAUUUUAAGCUAAAUAACCCUUAUCCUCCUAUCUAGUACAUAGUCUGAUUUUUUUUUCAGAGGAAGUAGUCGGAAUGACAAAGAAUUGUCCUUGUCUAUGGCAGAAUUUUGUCAUUCUAGUUGACACAGCAGGAAGGGUCAGGAGGAGAUGACAGGCUGGAGGCUGUCCUGACUGUGUUCCUGCAGAGUAAACACAAGAUGGUGUCUUCUAAUAUCUCAGAGGGAAAUUUAAUUGUUGCUUUUUAAUAGAAUUCAUAUUACAAUGCUCAGCUAUUUUUUAAUUGCAGACAUUCUAAAAAAUACUAAAGGUUGUAUUCUUUCCUAUCGUUUAUAAUACAAACAUGUAAUUAUGUCAUCUGCUAGGAAACAUGUCAUGGAGCAGUCCUUUUUUGUCUAGUCAAUCUUGACAAUAAAUGCUCAGUCAUUUGCAUUUUAUAAUUGCUUUUGCUGGUGAAUGACCUGCUCCCUGAUUUUAACAGGCACUCAGAGGGCAGUGAAUAAGCAAUGCUAGAAACAAAAGCCAUUUAAAACAAUUACUAUGUCCUUUUUUGAUAACUGAUAUGCUUCAGUGUGUUAUGGGUUUAUGUCCAUUUCAUACAUUUAGUUUUACAUAGCUCAUGUUAUUAUCAUAAAGGCCAGGGAAAACAUUGACCUUGAAGACCAUUAAUAUUUAGCAUAAUAUAUUGAUGAUUCUCAGUUUGAGAAUUUAUUGACCUUUCUUCUUCACUGAGAGGUUAUUUCCAUUUUGAUACUACCUUCACAAGUGAUUAGAUAUUACCAUAAGUGUCAGAUGUGUGAUAGAAACUACAUGUGCACUGCUGAAAACUUUAGGAUGAAAUUCACAGUAUUGCUGAAGGCAGUGUCAAGAAUAUAUAGAACAUUGCUUGCUGUCACUCUUGCAAAUGGUUGGCCUUGUAUCUAUCCUGUUAAUGGUUUCAAUGCAGAAAAUGUUGUUGGCUUGAGAAAUUAUCUUGAAUCUUGAUUUUAUUCAUGUAGAGGACCCACGUCCUUUCCAAGACACAAGAAGGGGCCAAGGGCUGCUUGACUUAAAAAGCUGUUGUGCAGUAACCAUACACUGUUGACACCACAUCCUGAUUGUACUUUUCUCAAAUACAGUUUAACUGUUCUUGAUUUGUUUAUAUGAAAUUAGUGUAAAGGCUAACAUGAGUUUAUUUGCUGAGGUCCUUCUACAAUCUGCAACACAAUAAACUGAAUUCAUUAUGUCUUAGAAUGCUUCUUUUUAGAAUUGAGGUGAGCAAAGUACAUAAAUGUAAAUUGUCCUAUAUGGAAUGGUAUUACAGGAAGAAGUUAAUCAGUAUUGAAAUAUUGUGGAUGCUUCUUUAUCAGCAGGAUAUGUAGAAAGUCAGUAUUUGAAUCUUUGUUUAAAUUGUUAUCUUAGCAACCAUGCAAAAAAAAAUUACUACAAUAAUUUCAUACGAAAAAUGAAAGUAUCUUUCGAAUCCCUUCCUUACCAGAGUAUUUUAUAGUUUGUUUUUGUUUUGUUUUAUUUUUGCUUGGCUUGCUUUUUGUUGUUGUUGUUUUGUUUUUCCCAAGUUUUACUAAAUUCAUUUUUAUUAAAGUAUGUUUCAUUGUUUUCUCAAAAAAAGUAGUAAUGUCAGUGUUAUUUGAGUUCAGAGCAUAUUCCUAAUAGUUUAAUAUCAAAACUAUUUGAUAUUUGGGACAGUAAUUUAUAAUAGUUUUGGAACAACCCCAAAGUAAAUCCCAGCCUAUGGAUUUUUUUUUUCCUUUCCAGGGGGAGCCAAGUUCAAAGAUUUUAAAGUUGAAAAGCCUGUUCUUCAGGCUACAAUAAACAAAAGAAUGUGGGCAUUCUUGGUGAACUGAAGUAAAAGCUUUGGGAUUUAUAUACCAAGAAACUUUUAUACAGCAUACAGCCAGUGAUGUAGUCUGUAUUGCCAUGUUAUAUUUUGUGAUGGAGUAACCUCAGAAUUUUUAAUAUUGGUUGAGAAAAGCAGCAGCAGCUGUGACAGCUCAUAAAAGGAAUUUUUUUCCAACUCUAGCACAUUGCAUUCUGCAAAAAGACAGUUGGAAAACUGGGAGCUUCUAUCAUCCUGUACUCCCUUGAGCACUGUAUGUCAAUGUAUAGAAUUGUAUGGCUAAUUUCUGUGUAAGUGUACAGAUUACUUGAAGUUGAGGUAUUAAUUAUAAUUAAAUGCCCUCUUGGAAACCACCAAAGUACAUAUUAGAGGAUAUUUUAUGAUGGAAGGAACAGUUACUAAAAUCAACAAAACAAAACAAAAACCCCCAAACCCCAAAACAAACCCACAAAACCCUCUACCUUUUACAGGAAAAAAAAAAAAGGUGUGAAAAGACAAAAAUCUAAAAAGCAAUUCAACUAACUGUGGUGUUUUAAAUACCAUUUGCAAACAAUAAAACAUUAAAACAAGACCUUUAUUUCUCUAUUUUAAUUUUUGAUUGUAGGUCAAGCAAUAUCUGUUUGGUAAUGGAACUUGCUUCUGAGGAAUUUUUAAUAUCUUAAUUUGUAUCAUUCAAGAAAUAAAGAACAGAAAGAUUAGAAAAGUACAUAAAGCUGAUCAUUGCACAAAUAGAAAUGUAGGAAGAUGAUUUCAGGAUGUUCACUAUCAGCUGAAGAUCAGGGCUUAAAUUACAUCUGACUUAUGGAAUAUUUUAAGUUUGACAAGAGUAUAAAGUUGUAUAAAAAUUUUGGAAAACCCUGCAUGCUAUUUAUUUUAUAGCAAGUAUAGCUCACUUUCACUCACCAAUAGAGAGAAGAAAUAUUCACAUUACGUAAUUAUCAUCUCAUAGAGAGAAGAAAUAUUCACAUUACGUAAUUAUCAUCUCCUCAAAAAAAAAAAAGAAAAAGAAAUAAAGUUUUCCUUGUUCUCAAGGAAAGAAAUGUCAGAUUAUAAAUAUUUUUUCAUUGUCUUCCCCUAAGUAUUACUUUAACAUGUCAUAUAUAUAAAUAUUUUAUUACAUAAAUUCUAAUGUUUACAUUUGGAAUUAAUCAGUUAUACUAUAGCAAAGUGUAAUAGCAAACACAGUUUAGUUCAUGUGAUUUAGAUUACUUUGACUUUUGUAUAAGCCAGCAAAGUAACAGCAAGCACUUUCAGCUGCCUUUUAGAUUGAAAAAAUAUCCUAGACUGCCAGAUGAAACCAUGUAAUUAUAGAGAUAUGAAUGCUAACCAUUCUGAUAUUAUGUAGUGCCAUAUGACUGUAAUAGUUAGUGUUUCCAAAAUAGUAGAAACCAUUGACAUUAAAUUAAUACUAACAGUCUCUCUCUGUUCAAUAUGAUUUGAGGCCUUGCUAAAUUUUAUAUUAACUUUAUACUCUCACACUGCACUAUAAAACUAGCAUGGAUUUUUACAGUGAAUAUUGUGCAGUGGAUUUUAGCUCAGUAAACUUUUUAAAAAGCUGUUUAGAUACAGCUUAACUCAGAUAAGAAAGGUUGGAUUUAUUUUCUUAAAUAGCACUGUAAAAUGGACUAUUUAUUUUCAAAUUAAACUAUAUGGUGCUAUAUGCAGUAUUUUAAUCCAGAUACAUUGAUACUCCAAAGGAUUAAUUAAUUACCUGUCACCACCACUUCCUUUCACCACGCCUGAAACUCAACAAACCUGGCCUUCCUUGGAUGAACGGAGUUUAGAUUUAGAAUAAAAAAUUAUUUAACAGCUGAAUGAACUUUCACAUUCAGUGGCUGAGAGUGAAAGAUCUCAGGUGAUGAAUUUCAGUGGAAUCAGGAUCAUCUCUGCUAAAAGGCAGAGAAAUACCCUGCACAACUGUGAUCACAUCAUACAGAACCACUGAAAUGCUGCAUUGUAUGUAAUUCUAAAUCAGAUAGAAUUUAUAUACCAGUACCAUAUAUUCUGUUAUUUCUUCUCUCAGCAGCAGCAACAUGGCUGAAGUGCUAUGAAUUGCUAUCAGCACUUAUUAACACCUGGCAAUUAUUUGUAGCCCUUGUCCAGAGACACCGGACUGCAGUAACAUGUUCUGGAAGACCUGGACUGGUGUGGCAAAGUUCAUACCAGUAGAAAUUAUUGCCACUGACUGAAACACAAGUGACAAAUAAUACUUAUCACCACUGAUCUAAUUCAAAAAUCCAGAACCAAACUUAGGAAGCUGGAGAAAACUGAGACUGUAAGCCUCUUUCACAAGAGGUUGAACUGAAUAUUAAGGGUAGAUGAUAUCUUCUGAGUGUUUCUGGUUACUUGUGAACAUAGCACCUGUCUUGCUGGGAUUAAGCUGCCAUCAUGCCCCUAUUUCAGCCAGGUAUUGGAACUGCAAAAUGAUUGCACCAUCCUGGUCUGACAAGAGAGUAGGACUGUGUAUCAUCUACCUGCUGAUGACACCACAGCCCAAAUUAUUUCAUUAUCUCCUCAGUGGCCUCAUAUAAAUGUUGAAAGGAGAGAUGACAGGAUGAAACCUUGUGGAAUCGUGCAUGACAGAAAGCCCUCA